AUGGCUGCGGUGGAGCGUCCCCCAGUAAAGGAAGGAGUUCGGAUCGCACUUCUCUGUCUGUGCUGGUAUACCGUCAGUUCGGGUGGAAAUGUCGUCAACAAAAUCAUCUUAAAUGGAUUUCCAUACCCCGUUACUGUGUCGCUCUUCCAUAUUUUUUCAAUCAUCGUCUUUCUUCCACCGUUGUUGCGUGCGUGGGGUGUCCCUAAAUCCGAACUACCUAGUAAAUAUUACCGCUGGUAUAUCCUUCCUUUAGCCUUUGGAAAAUACUUCGCGUCAGUAUCAGCGCACUUCUCAAUAUGGAAAGUCCCCGUGUCAUACGCACAUACCGUAAAAGCGACGAUGCCGAUAUGGGUCGUUCUGCUGUCCCGCAUCAUCAUGAAAGAGAGACAAACAACAAAGGUUUAUGUCUCUCUCAUACCUAUCAUAGGAGGAGUUCUGUUGGCCACAGUCACUGAACUGUCCUUUGACCUUUCCGGACUGAUAAGCGCCCUGGCAGCUACUCUCUGCUUCUCCUUACAAAAUAUUUUCUCCAAAAAGGUGUUACGAGACACGAGGAUACAUCACCUGCAGCUCCUCAACGUUCUCGGUUUCAAUGCCGUUUUGUUCAUGCUGCCAACGUGGAUUCUGGUGGACCUCUCCUCGUUUCUGGUGGAUGCAGAUUUGGCAGAAAUGUCAAACUGGUCCGGGACCCUGUUUUUGCUCAUCAUCAGCGGCUUCUGUAACUUUGCGCAGAAUAUGAUUGCGUUCAGCGUCUUGAAUCUGGUCAGCCCGCUCAGUUACGCCGUGGCCAACGCUACCAAGAGGAUCAUGGUCAUCAGCAUCUCUCUCUUCAUGUUGAGAAACCCAGUUACCCUGUCCAACUUGUUAGGCAUGCUUACAGCCAUCGUAGGCGUCUUCCUCUACAACAAGGCAAAAUAUGAUGCCAACCAGGAAGCCAAGAAGAAACUGCUUCCAGUGUCCUCACAAGACACCGUGUCGUUCAGCCAGCUGGGACACGAGAAGGCCCUUUCCAACGGCUCGGCGCCGUUCACGCAGAGUUCAGACUUUCAGUACAGCCGCAGCAACGUUCUAACCGACCACUUUCAGUACAGCAGACAGGCUUACACGAUGAACUAUAACUCCAAUCAGUACGUGGUCUAAAACUGGACACCACCAGCCCCUCCCCCCUCCGCCAGUUACUUAUGAAUGGAAUCUGUGUCUGUCUCGUCUGGCAUUUUCCCAUCUCGGCAAACAGAGUAUGAGGACACAUUUUAUGAGGGACUGUGAAAGAGCUGAAGAUAUGU